UUUUUCUAUCAUGUAUCACAAGCUGAUAGCUUGAUGUCUGCUGUGCUGCUACGUUACAUUACAAUGCUCAGGUUCUUAUUUAAUCAGACUCUCUUCUUAAUUCUGUUUAGUUUUUCUGUAUGUUACAGUUCCAAGUAGUGAUUAUAUAAUUGUAUCCACUGGGGGAUUGUUUUGGACCGAGUCCUUAAACCUUUUCUUGCUUGGCCUGGAACUGACAAACCCAGAAAACACAUCUCGGAGAUUGUGCGCGCUGCCAAGACAUCUCCUUGUGUGUAUUAUCACGAGGAUCCAACAUAAACUCCCAGGGAGGUCUCUACCACUGAGGAGUCCACCGCAGUAGACGUGAGGCCCACGACGGUUUGGGGUUAAAGGUUAACCGAAACCUCAUUAUAAGCGGCCCCCACCUGGCUCCUCUUCCUGAAUUUGUUCGUCAUUCACCCCAUGCAGCGUCCGUGAUCAACGCAUGAACUCGCAGUUGUGAAACAACUGGAACCUUGGAGCGGCGCCCCUUUCGCUGUUCCUCAUCCUGUGCCUUCCCUUUUCUUUUUUUUUUUUUUUUCCUCUUUCCCUGACAGUCCCCCCCUCCUUCCCCCUGCUGCCAACUCCCCCCAACUCGGAGCUCCUCCUCUGCUGAAAAGACACAUUUCCUGAUGUCAUUACUAAAUCAAAAUGCUGCUCGGCAAACAGAUGUUGUGAGAGGCCCAACGUGUGGAUUCAGCCACAUAAAUUAACAGGAUGGUCGUGAGAAAACAUGAACCUGACACCCUUCUUCUUCUUUUUCAAAAAUGCCCAAUCAAUGAAGAAAAAAAAACGAGUUCCCACACUUAUAAUGGGGAUUUUUUUUUCUUUUUUUUUUUAUGAGAACGGAAAACGCUGACAGCUUAUUCCAUGUUUGAUGACAUUAACCUAAAUAUGAAAUCAUGGCCGUCUGCACAGCACACCCUUGCAGAGUCACGAUUCCAUCCACCCCGAAAAGCUGAGCCCUAAAUGUUUACUUAUGUUUCCUAUUUGGCGGAGGCAGCCCAAAAGGCAAAUAAAUCACAUGCUGUGAGCCGGCCAGGCCUUCCACUGUGAGAAACUGAGACUAAAAAGCAGAACAAGAGUUAAAGAGUAAAGGGUUUUCAGAUGUGAGUCCAGCCCCAGCCUGGGUGUGCUCCCUUUUAUUUGGGAGAAUGGAGAGGACAAUCUCCGCUGCCUCCACCCCUUUAAAAAAGGAAGGGAAACUUAAAGAAACGUGUCUUGGAGAGGGGAAGAGCCGCUGCCAAGGCGCGGGGCCGUCAGACGGAUCUUCGAAGAACAUCUGGUAACCGCGGGUAACAUUGUUUGGACAUCUGGUAACCGAAGAUCACGCCGCGUCUCGUCCAUCCUGUCCGGCUUCCUGUUAUGCCUCGCCGUGCACGGUCCAGGAGACUCAGGUUUAUUGUACUUGCUCAUCAUCAUCAUCAUCAUCAUCAUCAUCAUCAUCAUCAUCGGCCGGGGAAGCGGCACCUUGACUCUUUUUCUCUGACAUGAUGGGAGGACUCGGUUUCUUUGGGGUAUUCCUGUCCUUUCUCUCGGAUGUUGGCGGAGGCUCUGCCUUAUCAUUUGCUUGUGGAAAUAUUUCUCACAAUUGUAUGGACUAUUGCACUUUCUGUGCUGACCUCUACGCCGGGCCAACGAUGGACUGCCUUUCCACCCUGUUUGAACAUUUGUGCCUGAAAAAAUUCGAGACUGCGAUGGCGCCGCUGAACAGCACUGACUGGUGCACUUGGAAAAAAGUGAACGGUUUGUACAACAACCUGAGCCUUUGCACAGAGGAGACGUCCGACUGCCUCCUGAUCCCGUGGCCCAGCCCUCUGGUGGAGCAGACCUUCGUGGACAUCCACUCCAGGUUUUUCAAGGACUGUCCGUCGGAGGAGCUGAGCGACCCGCCGCCGGCCGUCGUCUUUGCUCUGGUGAUCACGCCCAUCUGCCUGAUCCCCGUCAUGGUGAGCCUGGUGGUCUUCAAGACCAAGGACGGGGACGGGAGCUCCUGAUGAUCCAGACUGACCCACUUCCUCCCGUCUGUGCCACCCCGAGGACCGCUUGUUUACACACAGACUGCUGCUGUGCUUUCAUCUCGCCACUGACCUUGAAGAGGUCCUGGUUUCUCCAACCUGUGCCUCCAAGCUUUUAUUUUUAAACUUUGAAUCGAUUUGGACGAAAACCACAGAGAGCCAAGGAUCAAACCAUCGCCUUUCAAACUUUCAGAAACUAACAAAGACUCGCCGUGGCAGAAAAUCUGUCUUGUACUAUCUCAUUAACACUUUUUCCCAAAAAGGCUGUGACAAAUUUUUUUGUGUUUCAGUCACCUGAUCACCUGAGAUGUGAUGACUGAUUGACGCGGUGCUCACUUCCUGUUUGCACCAAAUGUUGAGAAAACAGAGCUCCGCUCGUCCAGGAGCGGCCAGCGUUCAGGGGUUUGUUGACAAAAGCUGCGCAGCUCGCAAAAUAGAGGGUAAAAUGUACUUGUGUUGACAAAUGGCUGUUUUGUGCUGAAAGAAGACACAGUAGUUUCUAUGACUGCGUUUUCUCAAACGAGAGAGCAUGGAGACGACGUGUGUGAGCUCAAAUGUUCUCAAGUAGGAAUUGGAUAAAUGUGUCCAUGUCUGAGCCACGACAGGGGUCUGCUGCGUGUGUGUGUGUGUGUGUGUAUGUGUGUGUGUGUAGGGAGGACAGGAAAAUGAACAUGGCAUGGAUCUGGUUAUAUGAGUCACGUCGUAUGGAAGGUUUGGGGUCAGAGGUCACAGAUGGGACACAAUGAGUUGGGCGUGCCAAAAAAAAAAAAAAAAUCAAACUGCUUUUCUAUUUUUGAACAGUGGAAAAGUCUUCCAGUUCCUCCUCUCCAUGCAAACAAUGGCGGUC